GUCUCUCACACGCUGCAUUCCUGAUCUUGAUCCUUAUCAAGAUGAUGCCCAACUGAAAGUUAUCAAGAGCACACAAGAUGAACUCAGGUCCACAGGCUUUAAAUGCUCAAAUGACGUCCGCUUUUAGCUCGAACUGAUUUCCUGCUAAAAAUAGUAAGUUAGCUUCUAAAGUAUGGCUCACUUUCUCUUUAUAUCCUAUGACAAUUGUGUUCAUAUGAUGCAAACAAUAACAAACCACCCCAUUCAUUUCACUAUAUAAAGUCUCGCAUUUCGUUUCACUUUCCUUCAUCAAAUUAUUUACAAAUCCGUCAUGGAAUGUAAUAAGGUUUUCGUUCUUUCUAUCUCUCUUGCUUUGUUUAUCGGUGUGGUCAAUUGCAUUGACUUCACCGAAAAGGACUUAGCCACAGAUAAGAGCCUGUGGGAUUUGUAUGAAAGAUGGGGAAGCCAGCAUAUGGUUUCAAGGGCCCCUGAUGAAAAAAAGAAACGGUUCAAUGUGUUCAAGUAUAACGUGAACCACAUUAACCGAGUGAACCAGCUGGGCAAACCGUACAAGCUGAAACUCAACGAGUUUGCUGAUAUGACUAACCAUGAGUUCAAGGCUGGUUUUGAUUCAAAAAUCUUGCACUUCAGGAUGCUAAAAGGCAAAAGGCGACAGACCCCGUUCACGCAUGCGAAGACCACUGAUCCACCGCCAUCCAUUGACUGGAGGACGAAUGGAGCCGUCAACCCUAUCAAGAACCAAGGCCGAUGUGGUAGUUGUUGGGCGUUUUCAACCAUAGUUGGGGUGGAGGGUAUCAACAAAAUCAAGACUAACCAGCUAGUAUCCUUAUCUGAGCAAGAGCUUGUUGAUUGUGAAACCGAUUGCGAAGGAUGCAAUGGUGGUUUAAUGGAAAAUGGAUAUGAGUUCAUUAAGGAAACCGGUGGGGUUACAACCGAGCAAAUUUACCCAUAUUUUGCCCGCAAUGGACGCUGUGAUAUAUCAAAGAGAAACUCGCCUGUAGUGAAAAUCGAUGGUUUUGAAAAUGUACCCGCCAACGAUGAGAGCGCGAUGUUGAGAGCCGUUGCUAAUCAGCCCGUCUCAAUUGCUAUAGAUGCUGGAGGUCUUAAUUUCCAAUUUUACUCUCAGGGUGUUUUCAACGGGGCGUGUGGGACCGAGCUGAACCAUGGUGUGGCCAUUGUGGGGUACGGGACAACUCAAGAUGGAACGAAUUAUUGGAUCGUGAGGAACUCGUGGGGAACUGGGUGGGGCGAACAAGGUUACGUCAGGAUGCAGCGUGGGGUUAACGUGCCUGAGGGAUUGUGUGGGUUAGCCAUGGAUGCAUCUUACCCGAUUAAGGCAUCAUCGGUUAACCUUUAAAAUGUGACUAAAGAUGAGUUCUAGGAUCAUGAAAUUCCAUCUUCAUAUGUUUUCUAGUUCUUUUGUUUCUAGUUAUUUAUGGUUUUGCUUAAUGAUGAUAGAAGACCACAAAUAAAAGAUUUGAAUUCCUCCUUAAGAGACUACUGUUUCGUACCAGUUAUUUAUAUUAUGGAAAAGAAAACUGAACCAUUUCUAUA